AUGAAGAACGUUUCAAAUAAUGUUGAGGUUUCACAUGGUAAACCGUACUACGUUUACACAGUCGAAAUGGUGGAUUCAAGCAACGGAGCCAGACAUUUCGUUGAGAAACGAUAUAGUGAAUUCAACGCCUUACAUCGUCUGUUAAAAAAGGAGUCUGAAACCGCGCCUUUUCCACCAAAGAGGGUUCGCAAUUCGAAUCCAAAAGUGCUGGAACACAGAAGAGCAGCUUUGGAACAGUACAUGCAGAAAAUGUUAAAACUUUCGAGCACGAAACAUCAAGUCCUGAAUUUCUUAGGUCUUGACAGUCGAUCUUCUGGUUUAAAUCACAAAAGAAUGCAAAGAGCAAUUGAGACAGAAGUGAAACCUACCCAGCGUUAUUUAUUGCAACAUCGACCAGUCUUUCAUUUUGACUGUGAUCCAUAUAUUACGGCUGAUACGACAUCUACACUUCCGGACAUCGUCACUGACGGUGUUCUAUUAGGUGUUUAUGACUCCAGAGAUUCAGAAUGAAUUUCCAGAAGAUUUCAUUCCAACAAAUUAAUUUUAAGUGAUGAGAUUAUUAUAUUAGCUAUAUUAGCUGGUUUUAUUUUAUAUACAGAUUUAACUGAUUUAUGCGAGCAUUGUUUUGAUGCACUUUUUUUAUCAAUUAGUUUUUUUUUGAAUAACUACUAAUUAUCUGUUUUAGAGAUAUUAUUUUUUUACAGUAAUUCAUAAUUCUAUUGAAAUACGUAAGUGUUAUAAGUGAAAUAAGAACAAAUUGUAAACAACAGUAUUCCAGAAUUUAUUUAUAGAUAGACCUUUCGGAACAUAUGUUUGAGAAUAAAUGUUAUUGAUCUUGUGAAC